CUUCGGAUUUAGUUGCGGAAGUUGCUUAUUUCCCAGCAUGCACCUAUGAAAACAGAGAAAGGGAAAAAUAAUACAUUGUUAUUAAAAAUGCCCAGUUUUCGUUUAACAGCUGUUUGAGCUGCAAAAUAUUCCUUUGUAGAGAUGGGCAGCUCCUCUUCCAAGUUUCGCAAACAUCUACAGAAUGGUGAUGAAGUGGCAGCUCUAAAUGUAUAUAAUAAUCACAGUGACCUUAGGAAAGGGCUGGACCCUAAUUGUUCCUAUGGCGACAAUUUUCAGCAUGAGACACCUCUCCAUUUUGCAGCGCGGCAUGGCAUGAAAAGUCUAUUAAGGAUAUUCCUUUUUGAGCAUGGCGGAAAUCCAAAUAAAACCAAUGGCAAAAAAGAGACAGCUUUACACUGUGUUUGUAUGGAGAAGAAUCCACAAUUCUAUCCUGUACAGCGGAGGAGACUGGAGUGUCUCAACAUGAUGUUACAGUGGAGAGGAGCAGAGCUCAAAGACGGUGAAAUUGAAAAGGUGGACCUGGCUGCUGUAGACGAGCAAAACAACACGGCUCUCCACUAUGCUGCACUGUCUGGUUUGAAGGCGUGUGUAGAAACACUGGUCAAUCAUGCAUGUCCCUUGUUUGUGGAGAACACAGGUAACCAUACGCCCUGUGACUGUGCAGAGAGUCAAGGUUAUAGCGAGAUAGCUCUUUACCUGGAGUCCAAAAUGGUCUUCUCCAAUGAUGGAUGUACUGAUGAGAUUGAGGAAGCUCCGCCUCAAAUUGACUCGGAGGAGUACAGCGGGCUUCGAGCCCAGGACCUGCAAGAGGCCAAGGACCAGCUGCUAGUAGAGACGGCUGAUAUGCUGAGUAUACCCCUGUUUACUGCUGAGGCCCUGCUGAGGAAUUAUGAAUGGUCAAGGGAAAUGCUGUUGGACGCCUGGAUGUCAGACCCAGUGGCAUGUUGUGAGAAAAGUGGAGUAUCACGUCCGGCAAACCUGUUCAGUGAGAAACCAGUAGUGGCUGAGUCCCUUAGCACUCCAACCAUGACCCACCCACCGAGUUCUUUUGCUGAGUGUGAUAUUUGCACUCUAGCAUUUGAAAUGCACGAAGCUCCUGUGCACAUGAGUUGUCACCAGUUUUGCAGGGACUGCUGGGAAGGGUAUUUGAAUGUAAAGAUACAGGAAGGCGGAGUACAUGAUAUCACAUGUCCCGGAUAUGAAUGUAACAUACUUGUGCCUGUAGAACAUAUAGAAAAUGUUGUAUCUAGAGAUAUGGCUAGAAGAUAUCUACAGUUUGACAUCAAGGCCUUUGUGGACAGCAACCCAAAUAUCAAGUGGUGUCCAUUUCCAGGCUGUGGCAGGGCAGUAAAACUUCCAGAGGUUUCUGAGGGGGCCACUGCCAGUGGGGUAGCCUCGCCCAGACAUAGCAAAAUACCAAAUGAUACUUCAAGGGCUGUAGACUGCGGAAAUGGACAUUACUUUUGCUGGGAAUGUGUUGGAGAGGCUCAUGAACCAUGUAGCUGUGAAAGUUUACAGAAAUGGAUGAGUGAAAUCAAAGAUAUUCGCCCUGAAACAUUACAUGAUACAGAGACUGAGACAGAGACUGCUGCUAAUUGUUUAUGGCUAGUGACAAACUCUAAAUCUUGCCCCAACUGUAAAUCUCCCAUACAGAAAAAUGAAGGAUGUAACCAUAUGAAAUGUUCUAAGUGUAAAUAUGACUUCUGCUGGGUAUGCCUAGAUCAAUGGAAGAGACAUAAUUCCUCGACUGGUGGAUACUUUAAGUGUAACAGAUAUGAGGUGUCCAAGAAAGUGGACGAUACAACUAAAAUAGCUGUCAUUAAUGCCAAUGAAAAAAAUACCAAGAUGCAGGAAUUGAACAAAUUUGUACACUAUUAUACAAGAUAUAAAAACCACGAGAACAGCUAUAAGCUGGAAGAACCAUUGUUAAAAACUGCCAAAGAAAAAAUGCUCAAAUUAGCUGAAGCAGUCACAGAUUUAGCCACUGCAAAAGACGAGACCAAGUUUGUAGAGGAAGCUAUUAACAAGUUACUAAAGGCAAGAAGGGUAUUAAAAUAUAGUUAUGUGUAUGGUUACUAUCUAGACGGACCACCGUAUCGUAAAAUUGUGUUUGAAUUCAUGCAGACGGAAUUAGAAGAAUGCACGGAGAUAUUGUCUCAGAUGGUAAAUAGACUGUAUUUACGAACACCACGAAAGAAGAUCAUAGACCAGUCACAAAUCUGUCACAGGAAGAGACUUGAGUUUCUCACUGCCAUAUCGAAAGGUCUCGUACCACCAGAGACGCCCCCAGGUAUGAGGAAAAAAAGACGGAAAUACAGUAUGGAUACAGAGGAUGAAGAUCUUCGGAAGGCUAUCCUCGCCUCUAUAGAAGACUUUGACCCUGAUAAUCCAUGGAUUGUCGAUGCGUCAGGACGUCACACAAACGUUGCAGCAUUGCUGGACUGGCCGAGUAGUGAGGACAGUGAUGAUAGUGACGAUGGCAAACAGAAAACAAGUAAUCAGGAUUCACCUACUUCAGAAAUCUCUCCCGACCACUGCCAUCGUGAAGGCUGCUCAAGAUCUCGUGCUAAGAAUCCGCGCACGGGAGAAUUACAUAAUUUCUGCAGUCUGCGAUGUUCAAGACUUCAUAAACAGAGGAAGGAGGAGGUUACAACAAAUUUUACUGAUAUUCAGUUGGACGAACAGAUGGAUUUCUUACGGGCUCUAGAAAUGUCAAGGUUACAAUAUCUGAAGGAACAAGGUGUGAUUAGCGAUGACUCCAGAUCAGACCUCACUUCAUCUGGAGAGGUCACUGAGGUCAAAGAUACAACUGAAGCAGAAGAUAUAUAUACGCCAGCAGAGCGACUCGAUAUUGAGAUUAAACGUUUACUAGAGCUAUCAUCUCUCGGAGCAGAAGAUGAGACAGAAAGAAAAUUAUCAAAUGCCAGUCUGCCCGAACCACUAUCAGAUGAAAAACCAGUCCAAAAUGUAAGCAGAUUCGGUGAAAACCAGUCUACUGUAGUGAGCAGGGUACCUAAUAAAAGUGUUGAAGACCUCUAUCACCCAGACUGCAUCAGUUGUCAGAAUAAUCCAGCCAUGUCCCCAUUGUCUGCUAGUAAACAUGUCCACCAGAGGGCAGCAUCGCAGGGUAGACUGGAUCUUGAAAGUUUAAAUUUUGAUGGAGUUGAUCUAGAAUCUUUGGGAGCUUGUGGUGGUGUAGAAAUUGAUGAGACACAGUCUAGGAAAAUUGAUGAAGCUGAGAACCAGACAGGGAUUGAUGAUAUAAGAAUAGAAGGUCAAAUCAUGCAGAAAUUAUUAAACAUGGAUAAGAUAGACAAUGCUUGCAGUGAAACUGCCCCGUCUGCUGGAAGUGCUUUUGGUUUAAUCAAAGACAUUUCGGUAUCAAAUAUCUUAGUAGAAGAUGAUGACAAAACGAGACAUUUUGCUAAAAAAGAUCUGAGUAACCUUGCUAAGAACAAGUCUAAAAAUAUUCAACGUGGAAAUGGGAGAUUGUUUGCUGCGAACACACCUGGGGAAGAUGAGAAAGUGUUUUCACUCAUUAGUCCGGAAUCAGAUUUUUCAGAGUCUAGUUCUAGUGAAGUGUGGGGCUACAGACCCCAACCAAUCACAGAAAAUAAAACUGAAACUCCCGAAACCGACUCAAGUAUUGAUGGGUGCUCUUAUGCUGAUUUACCCAAUCAGAAUAUGUAUUACAAACAUGACGACUCAGCCAAUGAAAACAGUCCUAUCAUGGCUGACGAAGGAAAAUUAGAGAAUGUGAUUGGAUACAAUAACCAGACGGUCAAUCAGAUUUCUAUAUCAGAAAUGACUGAAAACUUGCUUCAAAUGACAUUGGACAUGCAAGAUAGACUUAGGUUUGAAAUUAAUACUCAAUCAGAGGCGUCUGCUGUUACUGCAGACGGUCCCACAGAAAGUAGUUCCCACGGUUCACCGUCUGUGGAUGAGAUGCCACCUAGUGGACUUAGUUUAAGCCAAGAGGAGACAACUCUUCAGACACAUAUAGAAGAAAGUGUGACUUUAGGAAAUGAGGGAAACAACGAUAGCAGUGUGAUAAAUUUGGACCAAUCAGAGGCCUUAUCUCACUUUGACCAAACUGUCAUCUCCAUGGAAACUAAUAAUAGAUCAAGGGAGACAACUAUAGGAAGGGAAUCAACUCAUAGUGAGGAAACUGAAUCAAGAUCUACAUUUGUUUGAAGCAAUUUGUAGAAAUCCAAUAUAUUAUUGUUUUAAUAUGUAUAUGUUUAUAUAUAAAUUCAUGAAAAAAAUAGAGAGAUCAAUUUGACAAAACUUUGGUUUAUUGGUUGCUAAAUAGCAAGCCCAAACUAAAUAACGAAAUAUUUAAAACACUUCAUGUAUAUUAUACAAAAUUACAUUCAAGCAUUUUUUUUCUAGUCUUUAUUGAUAUAAGAUAAUAAAGAAGGAAGGAAACUGAAUGUUAACCAUACAUUACCCUAAAUUCUGUGGAUGUUUAUCUUAAAGGAGCUUCACUGAGGUUAAAAAGCCAAAAAUAUAAAAUCAUUGCAUAGAUUAAGUGAUAUGCAUAAACUUGGAAAUCUGCAAAAGAGAAAAAGGAAAUAUAUGCAUACUGAGAAUUAAAUUAAGAAUUGAAAAUCCAAGUUUUUGCACCAUUUCUUAGCCUGAUUUGGUGAAAAGCAUUGAAACGCUUUUCAUAUUCUGGUGUUUUUGCACAUUAAAAAUGUAUUGUUUUUUGAAGAUCGAGUAAGAGAAUGAUCUAAGAUUUUGUUCACAAGUUAUAAGUCAAUGUUAACUUAACAAGUCUCAAAAUAAAAAUUUUCAGUUCCUGUCUUAAAGCCUCAGUGAAGUCCUUUUAAAGGGACUCAACUGAGGUUUUUUGACAUGACACGACUAAAAAUAACUUUCCAAGGUUACUGUUCCAUUUGUUGAAAUUCUAGACCAAUAACUUGUGUGCAAAAUUUCAAAGGAGUUGCUUUCUUCGUUUUUUCCAGAAUAAUUAUUUUAAUUGUGAAAAAUGACCAAAAAUAGAAAGCGUUGCAAUGGUUUUCACUCAAAUUGAACUAAAAAUAGCACAAAAAUUAGAUUUUUAUUUUAUUUCUGUGGUAUUUCUAAAAUCAUAUUGUUUUAACAGCCACAGCAGAUCUAUAUAACAAAUUAAAAUUUUAUGUUUUUAGGCUUUUGGACCUGAGUGGAUCUCCUUUAAUGUUUUAGAAUAGUUUGGGAUAAAAAAAAUAUUAUUAUGAGUUAUAUAAGGGCAUUUUAUGUUGUUAUAUGCUUUUGAGAUUAUAUUCAGUUGAGCCGCGUCAUGGCAAAACCAACAUAAUGGGUUUGCGACCCGCAUGGAUCCAGACUAGCCUGCGCAUCCACACAGUCUGAUCAGGAUCCAAGCUGUUCGCUAUCAGUUUCUCUUCUAGUUAUAGGGUUUGUAAUCGAACAGCAUGGAUCCUAAUCAGACUGCGCGGAUGCGCAGGCUGGUCUGGAUCAAUGCUGGUCGCAAACCCAUUAUGUUGGUUUUGUUGUGACGCGGCUCAAUUUUGUUUUAUGUAUGGGCUUUCUCAUAUAAUUAUGCUUUUUUUGUGAGAAUUUGAUAAUAUAUUUCUUUUGAACUCUGUGAACUGUGCUAUAAUCUAUAGUCUGUUUGAAAAUGAUUGUUUUACUCGAAGUUUAAUUAUAGUCUGUAUCAAAAAGGUUAUGAAAUAUGUAAAUUUAUAGUCAGUUUCACAAGAAUAUGCAAUGUGUAAUUGUAUAGUCUGUUUCAAAGGGUUAUGAAAAUGUUAAUACAUGUUGAAGCUUCCAUUAACCAGAAGUUUACAAAUACUGUUUGAUUUAUAAUAUUAUAAGAAGUUUGUGAUGAGAAUAAUAUUUCCUUUAACUAGCCAAGCUAGUCAAAAUUAUGUACAGGGUUUGUGAUUAUAAUAGUUUUUGAAGUUUAAGUAAUGUUUGUAAAGGACCAGUAUCGUUUUGUCAUUAUUGUAUUAUUAACCCUGAACAUGAUGAAUAUUUUAAGUAGACUUGUCCCACUUCCAUUUUUGGGACUGUCCAUUAUCAAAUUUAGGUAUUUAAAGUUUUCUCAGCCAAAUAAUAGAACCUGGUCAGACUGCAUGAAUGUGCGGGCUGGCCUGGCUCUAUACUGGUGGCAAAAGGUUAAUGCUUUAGGUUCCAGCACUUAAAAGGUUAAAAAUCCGGAGUAAAACCAAAUUUCAAUCAAGCUCAUUAAUAUAUGGUAAUCAAUCGGCUAUUCAUUUUAUGUUCAGCAACUGUACGCUACAAACUUGUGUAUAGUAAGAGGGCAUCACUUAGAGUAUGAUUGUAUGAGAUUGGAAGAUAACAAAUGUCUAAUACCUGCUAUCAAAUGACUAACUCCAGAAUUAAAACUAUUUUUGUCACAUGUCAGUAAAGGUAAUUUUGUGGAUCUAGCACAGGUGGUCUUUAUAUAAGAGUUUGUAUUGCAUAUCUGUCUAAUUAGUUAGUGCAUAAGAUUGUACUGUCCCUUAAAAAAAAGUUUUGGCUUUAAUGAGAAUCUAUUUUAUUUUUAUUCACUAUCUAUGUAUUUGAUACAAUAACAUUAUGUUGAUCCCUAUACAAGAAUAUUAUGUUGAUCCCUGGCAUACAUGUAUAUAAUACUAGCCUUCUCUUGAAUAUCAAAUAAAAUUAUAAAGUUGUAUUUUGUUUCCCACAAUAAUUACACAGUAUGUAUAUAUAAUAUUUAAAGGUAUUCUUUUUUGUAUAUUUAUAGAACCUUUUAGUACCUUUGUUGACAUGUUAUUAAUAUCUGCGAUUUUUAGCUCGACUUUUCUAUGAAAAGGGGAGCUAUCCUACUCGCCCCGGCGUCGGCGUCACACCUUGGUUAAGUUUUUCGUACCACCCCACUUUAUUUCAGAAGUAUUACAAGUAUGGCUUUGAAACUUACCAUACUUGUUCACCAUCAUAACCUCCAUCUACAGACAAGAGUACAUAACUCUGUCAAGGUUUUUGACAGAAUUAUGGCCCUUUUUUGACUUAGAAAGUGUAUUGAGCUUGGUUAAGUUUUUUGUACCACCUCACUUUAUUUCAAAACCAUUGGAGGUAUUGCUUUGAAACUGACCAUACUUGUUUACCAUCACGACCUUCAUCAACAGACAAGAGGACAUAACUCUGUCAAGGUUUUUGACAGAAUUAUGCCCCUUUUUGACUUAGAAAAUACAUUGAAUAUGGGUAAAAUCCACUUAUUGCCUUAACCCUUUGAGAUAUUGCUUUGAAACUUUUAAUGCUAUUUCACAUCAUUACCCCCAUCUGUACGCAAGAGAAGGUAACUGUGUCAAGGAUUUGUUUUAAAAAUUAAGGCCUUUUAUCGACUUAGAAUCUUGGUUAAGUUUUUAGUACCAGUCCACUUUUUGACUGAACUGUUUGAGAUAUUAAUUUGAAAGUUGGAAUACUUGUUUACAAUCAUGAUUCCCAAACAUGUCCAGGAGAAGGUAAUUCUGUCAAAGAUUUUAUUUGAAUUAUGGCCCUUAACUGUCAAUGUUUUGUAUUAUAGGCAAGCACUAAAAAACUUAAAAAAUCUAAAAAAAUUCAUUCCUAUCCACUUGUUCACUUUACCAUAAAUUAUGUCAUAUAAACAUUGCUGUAAUAUUCAAGGGUAUCAAACAACUAGUUAUUUUACCAGUAAAUCAUAUAACUUAUAUUCAGUUUCGUGAUGCUACACUGUGCUUACAUACAGAAAUUAGGAGCAUUCGAAGAUAGUGAGAAUGAAUGUGUUCAACGAGAUGCCCCAAUUGGUAAAAAUAUACUCAAUGUCACGAUUUCAUGAACAUUUAGCAUGACAUUAAAUAAUGAAUUGAACUUCCUUCAUGUAAUUCAAAUAUCAGUUUACAACGCAUUAUCUACAUAGUGGACCCACGAAAAGUAACCAGUCACCCACAGCCUGUGUGAAAGAGAUCCACUUGUGACCAACUGACAACAUCUAAAAAAGCUUGAUAAAAUUUAUCUAUUACUUGUAUUAUAAGGUAACUAUAAUACUUUCACAUACAAAGUCAAAUCUAUAUAUUAUGCUGAUUGUACAAAAAAUAUACUGCUUCCUUGGCAUAGAUUUCUUGAAAAAUUAUGUUAUUAUGUCAUUUACCAAGGUGUUCUGAGUGACGUAAAAAUACCUUAUUCUCUCAAAGUGGGUUUAAUACUAUUAAAUUUAUUUAAGGCUCAACUCAGUUUUUUUUUCUUUCUUACCAGCCCUCUUUUGACUUAAACAUUUCAAACUUUGCUGCAGUGUUCAAGGGUAUCACACAAUUCAGUAAAAUAAUUCUUCACUAAAUAUCUUAAUGCUCAUGGCCAUUGUUCACUUUAAAAAUACAGAGAUUCUUGUAUUGCCUUUUACUGCAAAAACUUUUUUUAUUGGCAAGCAAUAAAAAAGUCGAGCGCGCUGUCUUACGGACAGCUCUUGUUAUUAUAUCUUGGAUAUUUAUCCGUUAUUUUGUGUACAGCUCAUAAUUGUCAAUCGGGUUCCACUGAAAAGGAACUCCACUGAGGUUCAUAAGCCUAAAACCAUAAAAUUUUAAUUUCUCACAUAGAUCAACUGGUGCACCUAAAACAUAAAUAUAUACAAAAGAUAAUUAAGAAAUAUACCUAGAAAUACACUGAAAAUCGUAUGUUUGUGUUAUUCUCAGUCCGAUUUGAGUGAAAAGCGUUUAAACGCUUUUCAAUUUUAGGUCAUUUUUGACAAUUAAAACAAUUAUUCUGGAAAAACGAAGCGAGCUAAUGAUCUGAAAUUUUGCACAUAAAUUGUUGGUAUAGACCUACAUCAGAUGGAGUAAUAAUCUCAAAAAAAUAUUUCCAGUCCCGUCA